AUGGAGUCCCACCAGAACAACAACAACAACCAGAGCAACACAGACAAUCAUCAUCAGCAAACCACCGGUUCGGCCCAGCUGGUCCCAUUCAUGGGACCCAACUCCGGUUCGAUCUCAGCAAGCACCACCACCACAAACGCCGUAAGAGGAAACACUAACUCCACCAUCUCCGCCACCAAAACCACCGCCAAGCGGCCGUCAAAAGACCGUCACAUAAAAGUAGACGGACGUGGCCGGAGAAUACGUAUGCCGGCUAUAUGCGCGGCGCGUGUCUUCCAGUUAACACGCGAACUGCAGCACAAAUCGGACGGCGAGACGAUCGAGUGGCUGCUCCAACAAGCGGAGCCGGCGAUCAUCGCGGCCACGGGAACCGGAACCAUACCGGCGAAUUUCUCAACUCUCAACGUCUCUCUCCGUAGCAGCGGCUCCACUCUCUCAGCUCCACCGUCAAAGUCAGCUCCUCAUUCUUUCCUCUACGAUGGGACUCAGAACAACGGAAGGACGGCUCAGAACGCUGCCGUUUUCGGUUUCCAGCAACAGCUUUACCAUCCACAUCAGAUCAUGAGUGAUCCUCAUUCUCUCCCUAAACCAUUCCGUGAAGAAGAUCUCUUCAAAGAUCCUAAUUCACUUGACCAAGAACCCGGUUCAAGCUCGCCUAAACCCGGAUCCGAAGCUCCUGUUCAAGAACAAACCCGGUCAAGGACGCAGAACAUGAUACCACCGAUGUGGGCGGUGACGGCGCCGACAGCAGCGUCAACAAACGGCGGUAGUGGGUUUUGGAUGCUCCCGGUCGGAGGAGGAGGAGGUGGUCCGGCCGCGCAGGAUCCGUCACAGCACAUGUGGGCGUUUAAUCCGGGUCAUUACCCGGGUCGACUUGGGUCGGUACAGUUAGGGUCUAUGUUAGUGCAACAAGGUCAACAAUUAGGGUUAGGUGUUCCAGAGAGUAACAAUUUGGGGCUAUUUUCCGUCGGAGGAGGAGGAGGAGGAGGAGACGGUGGUUAUGAAGGUGGAGGCGGUGGUCGGGUUGGUCUCGGAAUGAGCCUUAAGCAAAAACCUCAACGUCAUCAGCAGCAUCAAGCGAGUGACACUACCGAAGACCAAAACCCUACUAUUGUUGAGUCUCCUUGA